UUGAAGGAUUCUUGUUGUCAGGUUGCAUAUGGCUUCUGUUGAUGAUAAUUGAGUGGAAGGGUUGGAGGAGGAGAACUUUUUUAACUGGCCCAGGAACUGAGGUUUCAAGAUGCAGUCUAUUAAUGCUGUUGAGCAAGAAUCAAUUUCUGGAAGUUUUCAAGUUSGUACUAGAAUGUUCGCUUACAAGAGCGUGAAGAUUGUAAUCUUCUCAAAUAAACUCAACUUCCUUUUGCCUUUUGGUCCUCUAGCCAUUCUUGUGGAUAAGUUGUCUGGUCAUAAUAGUUGGGUCUUCUUCCUGAGUCUAUUGGGUAUCAUACCGUUGGCGGAGCGGUUAGGUUAUGCCACAGAGCAGCUGGCUUUUUACACUGGACCUACAGUUGGGGGUCUAUUAAAUGCCACUUUUGGAAAUGCGACGGAACUGAUUAUAUCAAUUUUUGCACUGAAAAGCCAAAUGAUACGUGUUGUUCAGCUGUCAUUACUAGGUUCAAUUCUGUCUAACAUGUUGCUGGUGCUUGGUUGUGCAUUCUUCUGUGGUGGGAUUGUUUUCUGUAAAAAGGAACAGAGUUUUAACAAGGCAACUGCUGUUGUCAACUCAGGAUUGUUGUUAAUGGCUGUCAUGGGCCUGCUUUUUCCUGCUCUUCUCCACUACACGCACAGUGAAGUCCAUUUUGGGACGUCGGAAUUGGCACUCUCUAGAUUCAGCAGCUGCAUCAUGCUUCUGGCUUAUGCUGCUUAUCUUUUCUUCCAAUUGAAAAGUCAGAAGAAUCUUUAUUCUUCCAUUUACGAGGAAGAAACUCAGAGCGAGGAGAGCUCAGAUGAAGAUGAAGCUCCUGAGAUCUCCAAGUGGGAAUCAGUUAUCUGGCUAUCAAUUUUGACCAUCUGGAUUGCUGUUCUAUCAGAAUACUUGGUUGAUGCGAUCGAAGGUGCAUCUGUAUCCUUGGAAAUCCCAGUGUCGUUUAUUAGUGUUAUACUACUUCCGAUUGUGGGGAAUGCUGCUGAGCAUGCAAGCGCUAUUAUGUUUGCUAUGAAAGAUAAGCUUGAUAUUUCUCUGGGUGUAGCUAUCGGAUCAUCAACUCAGAUAUCAAUGUUUGGGAUUCCUUUCUGUGUGGUAACUGGAUGGAUUAUGGGACAACCAAUGGACUUGAACUUUAAACUCUUCGAGACGGCGACGCUUUUUAUAACUGUAAUAGUGGUAGCUUUUUUGCUGCAGUUUUUUCUGCAGGAAGGAACUUCAAAUUACUUCAAGGGACUUAUGCUUAUCCUUUGUUAUCUGAUAGUCGCAGCUAGUUUUUUCGUGCACGUCGAUCCUCCUUCACCCGAGAACAAACUGGGGAGUCUGAAAGCGUAGCAGAAGAGGAGAGGAAUCUUCAGUGAAAUUCAGAAGGGCUUUCUUCACGAACACRACUUGCUCAAAGGCCAGGGAUGGAAGAUUUACUUGAAGAAAAUGCUUUGAAUGCUAGAGGUGCUGUAAGUGUCUAAGCAGUGCUGAUCUAACUUGGGUUUCUUAUAACUAGAAAACUUGAUUAUGUGUGUAAUUUUACUGUAAAAAUUGGUCAUUUCCAGAUGCUAGUUGUUAAUAAGAAUGUAUAUUUUUAUUCAAA